AUGUUCAGGAACUUAAAACUUCUUCUCUGGAAGAAUUUCCUUUUAAAGAAGCGGAAGACCCUGUUAACAGUCCUUGAAAUCUUGACGCCAUUACUAUUUUCUACAAUUGUAAUGUAUCUUCGCUUCAGUAGUUUGCCAAGAAAAAGACCUCCUAUCAACUACCACCCAAUCGAUAUCAGUUCACUGCCAGAAUUCUUCUAUCAUUUUCCUCUGAAAAGUAGAUUUCAACUAGUUUAUAUCCCCUCCAAAAGUGAAACUUCAAAGGCUAUCACUGAAAUGGUGGAAAAAACCUUUGAUGUUGAGUUUGAAGUUCUAGGCUAUUCUUCAGUGUCUUCCUUUGAAAGUUACAUCAUUCAGGAUCCUAAAGCUUUCUAUGUAUUGACUGGAAUUGUUUUUGAUCAUAGCUUCAAUGAUAGCAAGGAAUCUUUGCCACUUGAGGUUAGGUAUUACUUGCGCUUCAGUUGCUUUCAGAGGAAUUAUUUCUCCUCAAGGCUACUAUUUUAUGAAGAUGACGUAGAAGGCUGGCGCACAGACUUUCUUUAUCCUCAUAAUCCAAACCAAGAACCCCGGGACUUUGAAUAUGCUGACGGGGGAUCCCCUGGAUACAACAAAGAAGGCUUCCUGGCCAUACAGCAUGCACUGGACAAAGCCAUCAUGUGGCAUCAUACUCACAAUGCAACGACCAAAAUGUUUGAGAAUCUCAAUGUGUUUGUGAAGAGAUUCCCAUAUGGAGCCUAUGUCCAUGACAAGUUCUUCCUGGUCCUUCAGAAUGAGUUCCCUGUUCUCCUCAUGCUCAGUUUCAUCUGCAUCGAGCUCGUUGUCAUAAAUUCCAUUGCACUGGAGAAAGAGAGGAAACAACAUGAGUAUAUGUGUAUGAUUGGACUGCGCAACUGGCAACACUGGGUUGCUUGGUUCAUUAUGUUCUUCAUUUCUGCUUUAAUUGUUGUUUCUUUCAUGACCAUUCUCUUCUGCACAGAGAUAAAAAAUGUGGCAGUGUUCACGAACAGUGACCCUAGUUUGAUAUUUGUUUUUCUAAUGUGUUUUGCCAUUGCCACAAUUUUCUUUGCAUUCAUGAUCAGCACAUUCUUCCAAAAAGCCCAUGUCGCAACUGCCUCAGGAGGCAUCAUCUUCUUCUUCACCUAUCUCCCAUACAUGUACCUUGCUUUCAGCUACACUCAGAGGAGCCACUCCCAAAAGAUUGCCUUUUGUCUUCUCUCAAAUGUUGCCAUGGCACUGGGAGUCCGAUUAAUCUCCAUAUUUGAGACAAAAGGAACCGGCAUCCGCUGGGAGAACAUAGGCAGUGUAAGUGGAGAGUUUAACUUUACUCAGGUGCUGCUGAUGCUACUACUGGACUCUUUCCUGUACACCUUGGUGACCUGGUAUGUGGAGUCGAUCUUCCCAGGGGAGUAUGGUACACCUAAGCCUUGGUACUUCUUUGUCACACCCUCCUACUGGCAUGGAGAAUCUUCAUCUUCUACAAAAUCAGUCUUGGAUGUGGAAAAUACUGAGAAAGCUCUGAAAAGCAAGUUCAUUCAGGAAGAGCCUACUGGUUUGAUGAAAGGAAUUGAAAUCCAACAUCUAUACAAGGUGUUUUAUAAGGGAAGAGAUAAACACAUAGCAGUUAAAGGUCUGACCAUGAAUCUGUACCAGGGGCAGAUCACUGUUCUCCUGGGACACAACGGAGCAGGCAAAACCACCGUCUGCUGCAUGCUCACAGGUCUUAUUUCCCCAUCAGGUGGACAGGCAUAUAUCAAUGGAUAUGAAAUUUCACAAGACAUGGUUCAAAUCCGGAAGAGCCUAGGCUGGUGCCCCCAACAUGAUAUCUUGUUUGAUAACUUGACAGUAGCAGAACAGCUUUGUUUCUAUGCUCAGCUGAAAGGCUUGUCACACCAGAAGUGCUCUGAAGAAGUCAAACGGAUGCUGCGCAUCCUCAGUCUGGAGGACAAGCAGGACUGCCGGUGCAAGUUCCUGAGUGGGGGCAUGAAGCGCAAGCUGUCCAUCGGCAUCGCCCUCAUAACAGGCUCCAAGGUGCUGAUGCUGGACGAGCCCACCUCAGGCAUGGAUGCCAUCUCCAGGAGGGCCAUCUGGGACCUUCUUCAGCAGCAGAAAAGUGACCGCACCAUCCUGCUGACCACCCACUUCAUGGACGAGGCCGAUCUGCUGGGGGACCGCAUCGCCAUCAUGGCCAAGGGGGAGCUGCAGUGCUGCGGGUCAUCGCUGUUCCUCAAACAGAAAUAUGGUGCAGGAUAUUAUGUGACUUUAGUGAAAAAACCUGAUUGUGACACAGAGAUGAUUCUUCACCUGAUUUAUCAUCACAUACCAAAUGCAAUUAUUCAGUCCAGCAUUGGAGGAGAAAUAACAUUUAUACUUCCUAAAGAGAGCAUGCACAGGUUCGAAUCUCUAUUUACUGACUUGGAACUAAGGCAAGUAGAGCUGGGCAUCACCAGCUUUGGAGUCUCUGUUACCACUAUGGAAGACGUCUUCAUUCGGGUUAAUCAGUUGGUGGAUUCCGGAAUAGAUGUCCAAGCCAUCAAGAGUCCCUCUGUCCAUCUUCACCCUCUGGUCAACAGAGUUCCUGUUGACAGAAUUAAAUGUCUUCAUUCGAGAAUCUUCUCAUUACCGUCUGGCCUGACAAUCCACUCAAACACCGGCUUCAGUCUUCUCUGCCAACAGUUCUAUGCCAUGCUCCUGAAAAGGGUUACAUACUCUUGGCGCAACUGGAUAAUGAUGCUAUCGAUACAAAUCCUGGUGCCUCUGGUGAUCAUUACAGUCAGCCUCACAUCCCUCAACUUCAAAACGAACCUGGAAAAUGCCCCAUUGGAACUGACCCUAAAAACAUAUGGUCAAACUAUUGUUCCAUUCUUUAUUUCUCCGAAUUCCAGGUUGGGUCCUCGGCUUUCAGAACAUUUUACAGAUAUGCUUAUAGCUGAGGAACAGAUUCCUCUGGAGAUCCUGAGUUCAGUGGAGGCAUUCCUACUGAAUAAGUCAGAAGAGGAACCCGAGAACUUUGAUCAGAACUACCUAGUGGCAGCUUCCUUUGAAGACGUGAAGAACCGCACCAUAGUGACAGCGCUGUUCAAUAACCAGGCAUACCAUUCCCCCGCCCUGGCACUGGCGCUGGUGGACAAUGUUCUCUUCAAGCUGCUUGCUGGCGCCAGGGCUUCGAUCACAGUAUUCAACCACCCUCAACCUCAGUCGAUCGUGGAGACCUCCGAGAAUGUCCUGUACGAGGGCCCUAAAGGACAUUAUCUUGUCAUCAACUUGCUUUUUGGAGUAGCUUUCCUGUCUAGUUCUUUUUCCAUCUUGACAGUCAAAGAGAGAACCAUCCAGGCCAAGCAUGUCCAGUUUGUCAGUGGAGUUUACAUAGCCACUUUCUGGCUCUCGGCUCUGCUGUGGGACCUCAUCUCCUUCCUCAUCCCCACUCUGCUGCUGCUGGUGGUGUUUUUGUACCAAAAUGAAGAAGCUUUUACGCACCAGGAAAACAUCCCGGCUGUUGUCCUGAUGCUCAUGCUCUAUGGCUGGGCCAUCAUCCCCUUCAUCUACCUGACUAGCUUCUGCUUUGACAAUGCGGGUAGCGCUUGUGUUAAGCUCAUCAUAAUGCUCACCUUCUUGAGCAUUGGCCCCCUUAUUCUCGUCUCAGUCACAAGUGAAAAAGACCUAGGCUACACAACAGUCUCAGAGUCUUUGGAUCAUACAUUCCUACCGCUUCCAGGCCACUGCCUGGGGAUGGCUUUCUCCAACUUAUAUUACAACUUCAAACUACAAAAGUUUUGCAAUGCCAAGAACCUGAACAAGACGGAGUGUGAUCAAGUUUCAGAGGGAUAUGUGAUUCAAAAGAACAUCUAUGCCUGGAAAUCUCUAGGAAUGGGAAAGUACCUAACAGCCCUUGCCAUCUCGGGACCUGUGUACAUCAUCCUGCUUUUCCUUAUUGAAACUAAUGUCUUACGGAAACUGAAAACCAGGUUUUCUGGCUUCUACAGGAAGCGAAAAUUGGUGAUGUCGCAAAGCAUAGCGCCAGUGUCUGGAGACCAAGACGUGGAAGAGGAGGCGAAAAUGGUUGAGGCUAAUUUGGAAAAGUUACGUGAGAAAAACCCACUGGUUCUUAAAGAAGUGUCAAAGGUCUAUGCCAAGAAGGUGCCCCCGCUGGCUGUGAACAAGAUCUCCUUCACUGUCCAGGCAGAGGAAUGCUUUGGCCUUCUUGGCCUCAAUGGUGCUGGGAAAACUUCCGUUUUGAAAUUAAUGACUGGGAAAGAGACUAUCACCUCCGGGGAUGCCUUUGUCAAGGGCCUCAGCAUCAGCUCUCACUUGGGGAAGGUGCGGCAGUGGGUAGGCUACUGCCCCCAGGCUGAUGCCCUGCUGGACCACAUGACGGGCCGGGAGACACUGGUUAUGUAUGCCCGGCUCCGGGGCAUCCCCGAGCGCCACAUCAAUGCCUGCGUGGACCAAAUUCUUGAUGAAUUAUUCAUAAACACAAACGCAGACCAGCUGGUGAAUUCCUACAGCGGUGGCAACAAGCGGAAGCUGAGCACUGGCAUUGCCCUGCUUGGAGAGCCUGCGGUCAUCUUCCUGGAUGAGCCAACUACUGGCAUGGACCCUAUGGCCCGGCGCCUGCUCUGGGGCACUGUGACAAGGGUCCGCAAAUCUGGCAAGGCCAUUGUCAUCACCUCCCAUAGCAUGGAGGACUGUGAGGUCUUGUGCGCCCGGCUGGCCAUCAUGGUGCAAGGUCGGUUCAAGUGUCUGGGCAGCCCACAGUACCUCAAGAGCAAGUAUGGCAGUGGCUUUACCCUGCGGGCCAAGGUCCGGAGCGAUGGGCAGCAGGAGGCUGUGGAGGAGUUCAAGGCCUUUGUGGACCUGACCUUCCCAGGCAGCAUCCUGGAAGAUGAGCACCAAGGGAUGGUUCAUUACCACUUGCCUGGAGAUGACCUCAGCUUGGCGAAGGUGUUUGGCACUCUGGAGCAAGCCAAGAGGAGGUACAUGCUGGAUGACUACUCGGUCAGCCAAGUCUCCCUGGAGGACAUCUUCCUGAGUUUCACGUGCCCUGGGCUCCCCACCCAAGGGGAAAACAAACAAGGGCAAACAGAGCCAGCAAGCUCUUUAUUGCCACCUCCCUCUCCACCUCCCACCCAGCCUCCCUCUCCGCCUCCCUCUCCAUCUCCCUCCUCGAUCUCCGCCAAACUCCGCAUCCGGAGGCGCGGCCAGUCCGCACAGACCUUCACUGACAACCCACUGCGCACCGUAGCUUCCAGUGGCCGGGACCUCUGCCGAGUCAGCAGCGAGGCCCAAACUUCGAACAGCCCAGGGGUUGUAGCCCAGGACUACACGAGCCAUUCCAGACUGCAGAAGCCCCUACGGAGCAAGCCUAAGCCGCGAUCCUCCAAGACAACCCCCGGCCUGGCCUAG